GGAAUGAGCGAAGAGGUCGCGGAGAGUUUUCAUAAAGUCUGUUGGGAGUAUAAGCAGAAGCACCUUGGCCACGAGCCCUAUCUCUUCCUUCAAGUCCUCGCAACCAGACCAGAUCAAGGCAGGAAGGGUGUGGGCGCACUAGCGAUGAAAUGGGGAUGCGACAAAGCAGACGAGCUUGGCCUGCCGGCUUAUCUGGAGGGAAGUCCUAUGGGCGUCGGGCUGUACAAGAAAUGGCAGUUCGAUGUUGUCGAUGAGCUGCCGUGGGAUGCAAGAAACUUUGGCUAUUCAGACUCGCUCGCGCAUCUAUGCAUGAAGAGAGCACCU